CGGGCUGCCGCUGCUACUGGGCUGCCGAGGACACGCAGCUCACAGCCGGGGGGAUAAUGCCCUGCCCAGCAGUGGCUUUGAUUUUUUGAGGAGCUGACCUAUGCAUAACAAGUAGUGUUAGGUCCGGGGAUACCCCCGAGUUUUUGAUGAGAAUGAGCAUGGAAGAUUAUGACUACCUGUUUAAAAUAGUUCUCAUAGGAAAUGCUGGAGUCGGGAAAACAUGUCUCGUCCGGCGUUUUACUCAGGGCCUUUUCCCACCUGGACAAGGGGCUACUAUUGGAGUAGAUUUCAUGAUUAAAACUGUGGAAAUCAAAGGGGAGAAGGUCAAAUUACAGAUAUGGGAUACAGCUGGACAGGAGCGAUUUCGCUCCAUUACUCAGAGUUAUUACCGCAGUGCCAACGCCCUUAUUCUCACAUACGACAUUACCUGUGAGGACUCCUUCAGGUGCCUUCCAGAGUGGCUGAGGGAGAUUGAGCAGUAUGCUAACAACCAAGUGGUGACUAUAUUAGUCGGAAAUAAAAUCGAUCUGGCAGACAAGAGGGAGGUUCUCAGGCAGAGGGCUCAAGACUUCGCUCAGGCUCAGAGCAUGCUGUAUCUGGAGACGUCGGCCAAAGAGUCUGACAACGUCGAGAAACUUUUCCUCGACCUGGCGUGCGAACUCAUCCGUGAGGCCAAACAGAAUAAGCUUGAUAACAAUGACACUGCCCCGAUGCCCGGCGAGGGUAAAACCAUCAGCUAUUUGAACUGCUGCAGUCUGAAUUAGAGGAAGCUCAGCUGCCUGGUCAUGGUAACACAGUAGCCAUUGACUGUAGAACCUGGGUGGCUGAGCCCCAAUGCCUCCAUCCUAUUAAGAUGGCAUAAAGCCGCCACUUAGUUUGGUAAUUCUCAGUCUCAUGCCUCUUUUAGGCUGUACAAGGAAGCUAGUCAAUUUUAGUUUUUUUAAAAUUUACUAUCAUUGAGACAACUCUUCACUGGAAUAGGAAGUAUUUGUCUGAUACUUUCUGGAAUCUUAACUAGGGCUUCAUUUUAUCUCCAUAAAUGGUGAAAUGGCAGGAUAUCUUCGUUUGGGCUUUAGGAUCCAUUUUUCAUCAAACAUCAAUAUUCAC